AUGUCCGACCCGUUACUCUUCGAAGACACCUUCACGAUCACCGCGAUCAACCAGCAGAAAUAUGACCGUGUUUCGCGUCUGAGCUGCAACUCUACCGACACCCUUUCGCAUUUCACUCUCGAUGUCAACUCCGAGCUUUACCCUUGUGUUGUUAACGAGUCGCUGAACAUGGCUCUGGCCUCGACGCUUUCUCUGGAUGGCAAGGAUGACUCCGGUUCGAAGGGCUGGAGAGAGGUCGGAAUGGGCGAGCAGACCUUGGCUAAUGACUACGAUUAUGUCUGCCAUGGCAAGGUUUACCGCUUUGAGGAGGGUUCCAGCCAGGGUAACAUGGCCGUCUUCAUCUCUUUCGGUGGUCUUUUGCUUUACCUCGAAGGUCCUUACAAGAAGCUGGCACCCCUGAGAAUCGACUACGUGUAUCUGCUCCUGAAGAAAUAG